UGCUGCUGUAGCAGAUUUGGAGGAGAGGAGAGAAGACAGGUACAGCCACCCCUAGCUGCCCCUAGCUGCCCCUGGCUGCCCCUGGCUGCCCCUGCCACAUCAGCAGCUGCUGGGAUAUUUAGAAGAAUGGCUUCCUUUUCCAGACGCCAUUUUUGUUUCUGCCUGGUUCUGGUUGUCAUCACCAAUCAUUUGAGUUUCGUGAACACAUUGGAUCCGAAAGUCAAACCCAAAAGAACGUCCGAGGCCAACAACUAUGAGUCGUGGGUCCACCAGCCUCAAGAGAGGCCUCACAGGAGGCCAGGGAUGUCCAAGAAGGAUCGGACUCUUGGUGGACCAUCACCAACAGCCUUCGUACCAGCAGAAGGAGGCAAUGGCUCACCACCCCAGUGGGGGGCCGCUGAGGCGCUGCCACCAAGUGCCCUAAAGCAGGGCAGAGAAGAAUUCCAGAGUUUCGAUUUUCCAUACAAUCAGAGGAACAAUCAACCCCCGGGAGCCCAAUCAAAGGGAAAGAAACAUAACCGAGAACACAAGAGGUCCAAUAACAAAGAUCGGGGGAGACAUCACAGAGGGAGAAGCUUUGAAGCGGAACCCAGUGGCCUUUUGAAGGAAGAUCUAAGCUUUAAGAUGGCCACCCACCUGUCUCAUGUGGGGGUAUCUCCCAGCGCCCCCGGCCCCGCGUACCCUCUCAGCACAGCCCACCCAAUGGCUGUUAAUGGGAAGCCCACAGCUGCGCUGGAGACGUCACAUCGCACGCGGCCUCAAUCAAAGAAAGGGGGAGAUGUGACGCCCACUCUGGACAUGGGCCUUUUUGACUGGACAGACUACGAAGACAUGAAACCUGACACGUGGCCAUCGCCAAAAAAGAAAGGCAAGCAGAAGGUGAACGUGACUGAAGAAGAGCCUUGUGACCACCAUCUUGACUGCCUUCCAGGGUCGUGCUGUGACCUGCGCGAACAUCUCUGCAAACCACACAAUCGAGGACUUAAUAACAAGUGUUAUGACGACUGUAUGUGUACCGAAGGUCUCCGUUGUUACGCCAAAUUUCAUCGUAAUCAGAGAGUGACCAGAAAGAAGGGGCGCUGCGUGGAUCCCGAAUCGAUCAACAAAGAUCAGGGAUCGUUUAUCUCCGUGUAAAGGAUUUUCCAACGCGUGUGAACCAGAUUGUGAGAGGAACUCGGCCUGCGACACAUCAGAAAUCUACUAACAGGGAUGAUGGGACUUAGAACGCC